CUAGCUACUUCUUUUGUCUUGUACCUCUUAAAGAACCUCACUCUCUCUCUCUCUCUCUCUCUCUCUCUCUCUCUCUCUCUCUUCUCUAUUACCAAAAAUCCCCAAAUCUUGAAAAGUUUAGGGUUUGAAGUUUGAGAGAGAGAGAGAGAUGAGUGCUUCGAGGUUUAUCAAGUGUGUCACCGUCGGCGACGGCGCUGUCGGAAAGACUUGUCUGCUCAUCUCCUACACUAGCAACACUUUCCCCACGGACUAUGUGCCAACUGUGUUUGAUAAUUUCAGCGCGAAUGUGAUUGUGGAUGGGAACACUAUCAACUUGGGAUUGUGGGAUACUGCAGGCAAGGCUACCUUUUUUAUUUUUCAUUAUUCUUCCUCUGCAGAGAGAGUGGAGUCAUUUGUGUGUGUGUUUUUACUCUACGAAACAGGGCAAGAGGACUACAAUAGACUAAGACCAUUGAGCUAUCGCGGCGCAGAUGUCUUCUUACUCGCUUUCUCCCUUGUCAGCAAAGCUAGCUAUGAAAAUGUUUCUAAAAAGUGGGUACCUGAACUGAGACAUUAUGCUCCUGGUGUUCCAAUCAUCCUCGUCGGAACCAAGCUUGAUCUUCGAGAUGACAAGCAAUUCUUUGUUGAGCACCCUGGUGCUGUUCCUAUCUCUACUGCUCAGGGUGAAGAACUGAAGAAGGUGAUUGGGGCACCUGCUUAUAUUGAAUGCAGUGCAAAAACACAACAGAAUGUAAAAGCGGUGUUUGAUGCGGCUAUUAAGGUAGUUCUCCAACCACCCAAGAACAAGAAGAGGAAGAAGAGAAAGUCUCAGAAAGCUUGUUCUAUAUUAUGAUUCGAUAGAGACAGAAGAACCAACAGGAGGAUUGAAGAGCUUCACUUGUUUGUUUUCCUCAAGAAAGGAGGAAUAUGUUGUUGUAGUCUUUAAAAAAAUCAGAAGUAGUACCAAGUAUUUGUAUUAUUGUUUGCAUUUUGAUCUGUAAAUAUACCACUGAAUACUUUAUUUCUUUGUUUUCUAGACUCUCGCACGAAUGGUUUAGAGAUUAUUCUCCAAUAAAAGUUUUUAUGAGGUUUCAGCCA